AUGAUAAAAAGAAAUUUUCAAACUUUAAUAUUUAAAAAAAAGAAAAGUUCAUUAAUAAUAAUACCAACAAUAAAAACAUUACCAACAACAAAUAUUUCUUCACAAAAUCGUAAAUAUGGAGCACAAAAAUCUUCAAAAAAGACUGACACAGAUAAAAAGUCAAGUAGUAGCAGCAACACAAAAACCACUAGUAGUGGAGCAGGUGGAAGUAUGAUACCAGGCUCACAACAAUUCCAUAUAACAGAUAAAAGGUAUGAAGUAAUUAAACAAAUACUUUACGAAACUGAGAAACCAGACUUGUCAUCAUUAACACAAGAAGAUUUGGAAAGACAUGAAACGAUAGAACGAGCAUGGAAAUUAUUUUGUAGACAUCAAAAAGAACAAAAAGAGCUUGAAUUAGCAAGAAAAUAUCAAAUGUUAAAUGAGGCAAAUAUUGAAUUAGAAAAGCUUAAUAAUUCAAAAAUAUUGUUUCCUGGAAAAAUGAAAAUUCCUACAGAAACACCACCUUUAGAUGGAUGGAAUUAUAAUUAUACUAAACCUAUUACUACUACAAUAGUGAAUAAGGAUGAUGAAGUGAUGAAAAUUAAAAUUUUUCGCCCAAAAUUUUUGUGA